CCGCCGCCAUUUUCCUUUCAAAAAAGUGACAUUGGUGACAGUUGAGUGCAAAAGUGCUUUAAAAAUGCCGGUCAGGGUGGAUAUUACGCCUCCCCCGCCGGCCAAUUCAAAACAGCCGGGGGUAACAAAGUCCCUCUUAUACAACGGCUCCAAAUUUCAAGGUUUCCAGAAAUCGAAAGGCAAUUCGUACGAAGUGGAAGUGGUUUUACAGCACGUCGACGAGGAAAACUCCUAUUUGUGUGGCUAUUUGCAAAUUAACGGGCUCACCGAUGAGUAUCCCACCUUGACUACGUUUUUCGACGGCGAAAUUAUCAGCCAAAAGUACCCGUUUUUGACCAGAAAGUGGGACGCCGACGAGGACGUGGACAAAAAACACUGGAGCAAAUUCUCGUCGUUUUCCCAAUACGCCAAAACGUUCAAUUCGGACAAUUUCGAUUAUAAGGCGCUCGGCGACACCGACUAUGUUUUUAUGCGGUGGAAGGAGCAUUUUCUUGUUCCUGACCAUACGAUUAAAGACAUAAGUGGGGCCUCGUUUGCCGGUUUCUAUUACAUUUGUUUUCAAAAAUCUAAAGCCACAAUUGAAGGUUACUACUACCACAGAAGCAGUGAAUGGUUUCAGUCGUUAAAUUUAACACAUGUGCCUGAAAAUAGUAUACAAAUUUAUGAAUUUAGGUGAAUUGGUUGAGUGAAAAACUUGGCUUAUUUCAGUACUGCAUGUCCUCGUUCUCUCUCUCUCUCUAGCGAAGUUGAUUUUCACAGUAUUUUUCAAUAAGUGUACUAGUGAGCAGUAUUUAUUCAUUAUUUUUGUGUACAUAAUUAUGGGUAGCUUGGUUUUAAUUACUUCUUAAGAAAACGACUGGGUAAUUGAUUUAGUUUCACGUUUGAUUUGUAUAAAUUUUUGUUUAUUUAGCUUAAGUAGACUAAACAAGUCAUUAUUGUUAUGUAUAUUGUGUAUAAAUGUAUUAAAUAUAUUUUUUUGAAUUGUUUUUA